AUGACUCACACUGACUUCCCACACCCAGUGGCUCACACUGACUUCCCAUACCCAGUGAUUCACACUGACUUCCCAUACCCAGUGACUCACAAUGACUUCCAACACCCAAUGACUCACACUGACUUCCGACACCCAGUGGCUCACACUGACUUCCCACACCCAGUGAUUCACACUGACUUCCCAUACCCAGUGACUCACAAUGACUUCCAACACCCAAUGACUCACACUGACUUCCCACACCCAGUGGCUCACACUGACUUCCCACACCCAGUGAUUCACACUGACUUCCCAUACCCAGUGACUCACAAUGACUUCCAACACCCAAUGACUCACACUGACUUCCCAUACCCAGUGACCCAGACUGACUUCCCACACCCAAUGACUCACACUGACUUCCCAUACCCAGUGACUCACAAUGACUUCCAACACCCAAUGACUCACACUGACUUCCGACACCCAGUGACUCCACACUGA